GGCGCAGCGGAGGCGGCUGUGACCCUAUAAGGGGAGGCGGCGGCGCUGGCUCCGCGGCGGUGGGGGGAUGGCCCGGGCCGGCAGACGCCCCUCGGCGGGCUCGUAGCGCCCCCGGCCGCACCGGGCACGCCACGGCCGCCUGCGCGGGAGGGGUUUUCGGUGCGUGCUGGGGUCUCCUUGCACUGACACUUCCCUCUGUUCCCGGCUCCCCAGGUGUACCGUGAUACCCGCCCCCCCCUGCCGCCGCCGCCAUGUCCCGCCGCAGCCAGCGUCUCAUCACCACGCGCUAUUACCCCGGGGACGACGAUGCCACGACCAGCAGCAGCGGCAGCUCUCUGCUGGGGGGCCAACAGCUCCCCUUCAAGGAGAGCACCGGCAGGACGAUCAGGAGGAAAUCGAGCAGCACCAAGCGCCUCUCUCCCUCCCCGGGCACCCAAACCUCCUACUACAGCGAGUCCCUGGUGAGCGAGUCCUACCUGGGGGGCAGCCGGGGCCUCGCCGCCCUGGGCAGCUCUGUGCUGGAUGAUGCCCUGGACAGCAGCACAUACUGGGGUGGGGAGCUUUCCAGCAGGAAGAGAAGAGGCGUAGGGGACGCAGAGUCCAGCAAGAUCAAUGGGCUGUUGGAGAGCAAGAUGUAUGACACCUACGCCUCUUCGUCUGGGUACUCCUCGGAAGACGACUACGCAGGUCAACUUUACUCUGGCCAGAGUAGCUCUGGGUCGGGGCUGAGGACCGCAGCCUCUCGAGUAGGCUCCUUCCUCUGGCAGGUGCUCACCUCCCCAGUCCGGUUCGUGGGGUGGCUGUUCUCAGGACUGGCAGCUGCCUGGCACCGCCUCACCGGCACAGCUCCCCACACGGGUGGCGUCCCCUUCUCUAGGCGCUACCCAUGGCUGAAGAGGUCCCUGCUUCUGCUGCUGCUCCUCCUGCUCCUUGCUGUUGCUGCCUACGGAGCUUGGUACUUCUACCCAUACGGGCUGUCGACAUUCAGCCUCCCCACCUUCUCGUGGUGGGGAGCUGGAAAGCUUUCCUCCUCUGAUGUGCCUGGAGCAGGGGACCUGACUGCACUGGACCAGGGGCUUCGGGGGGAGCACCGGCUCCUGGCUCGCUUCCAGGCCCUGGAGAAGCGCUUUGAGGCACUGGAGGCUGAGGUGUCACGGUGGGAGCUGCAGCGGGGGGCGGCAGCCGUGGCAGCAGGGGGAGAGCCGCCCUCAGGGGACGUCUUGGCAUUGCUGGAGGGACUGAUGAGCCGCCGGGAUACAGGGCUGAAGGAGCAUCUCCGCACUGACAUGACCAGCCACCUCCAGGGUGAGCUGGAUGCCCUCCGAACUCAGGUGCAGAGGGAUUUAGACGAGCGCCUGGGGAAGAUGGCACAAGCCUCUUUGGAGAUGGAGGCACGCUUGAUGGAGCUGAACUCGAAGUGGCGGAGCUCAGCGCAGGAGAGCCUGCAAGGGAGCUUCCAGCAGGAGGUGGGUGAGCUGGAGCAGGAGGUGGCAGCGCUGAGGAGGGAGCUGGCAGGUCUCAAGUCGGACCAGGAGGUGAUGGGGAAGAACGUGGAGGGGAUGCUGGAGCAACUGAAGGCGGUGCGGGCUGAUAUGGAAACGCAGUUCCCGGCGUGGGUCAGUCAGUUCCUGUCACAGUCCCGGCGGGAUGGUGCCGCUGGCCUCAUUCUCCAGCGUGAAGACUUGCAAGCGGAGCUCCAGGCCCUGGAACACAAGAUCCUGGCCAAAGUCUUGGAAGACCGGAGGCUGUCGUCACGGGAUGCUCAGGCCGGUAUUGGAGUGGCCCUGCAGCAAGCGGGGACUGCGGGGGUGACAGAGGAGCAAGUGCAUCUUAUCGUGGACCAGGCCCUGAAGCGCUACAGUGAGGACCGCGUGGGGAUGGUUGACUACGCCCUGGAGUCAGCAGGGGCCAGCGUCAUCAACACCCGCUGCUCAGAGACCUAUGAGACACAGACGGCACUGCUGAGCUUGUUUGGCAUCCCCCUGUGGUUCCACUCACAGUCCCCCCGUGUCAUCCUGCAGCCAGAUGUCAACCCUGGGAACUGCUGGGCAUUUCGUGGGUCUCAGGGCUUUGCUGUCAUCCGCCUCUCCAGCAUCAUCCGCCCCACAGCCGUGACACUGGAGCACAUCCCGAAAGCCCUCUCGCCCCAGGGGACCAUUCCCAGUGCCCCCAAGGAUUUCGCUGUUUAUGGCUUGAAGGAGGAGGGAGAGGAUGAGGGUCUUCUCCUUGGGCAGUUCACCUACAACCAUGAUGGUGACCCCAUCCAAACGUUUUACUUGGAGGGCAAUGCUGUGGGCACAUACCAGCUGGUGGAGCUCCGGGUGCUGAGCAAUUGGGGCCACCCCAAAUACACCUGCAUCUACCGCUUCCGCGUGCACGGGGAGCCAGCGCACUGACCCCCGGCUCCUGCGAGGGACGAGGAUGCUGCCGGGCUGACAGCAGGAGGGGAUGCGUCUGGUUCGCUGCUUUGCACGUAGAAAUCCUGGGAUGUGCCAGCAGCUGCCCUGGGGAGCUGCUCCCCUCGGGGGAGGAGAAGAGCUGGCGUUUAAGGGGUGAAGCUUUCACUCGUCCAAGGACUGGGGUGGCGAGGCAAGAGCAUCCCACGUGGGUCCUAGCGCAGCCUGGCUUGUUUUCUGUGCGUACUGGACGUUUUAACUUUUUAAGCUAAUUUUUUUAUCGGGUCUGCGCAGCCCCUCAUCCCUGUUUGUCUGCUCCUUUCUGAUGGUGUGCGGAGCGUCGCUGGGGCUUGGGGAAAGGGGUACGUAACUUUGCAACGUGCUUCAUGCAGGCUUGGGCGUGAUGGGGUAUAUGGGACUGCGCUGACCAGCUCAGUGCCACGGGAGUAGGUAGGAGCCACCAGUCAUGGCCACCGAGUGGCUCCCCUCCACGUGGGGCCACUCCUCCUGCCUCGGUGAUGGUUCAAGUGAAAAUCUUCAGACCUCCAAUGCUGGGCUGGCAGAGGGGAAAUAAGGCAGUAUUAACGAAGUAUUAAUGUAAAACUAACGGUUUAGGACAGCAGGAGGGGAGAAAUUCAGCGUGUGUUGGUGGCGGAGCCUGCCCUGGUGCCGCUGCCCAUCUGCUUGAGCGCUCCCGCUGCCAGCGGCUGUGGUGGGUCUCGGCAAUUCCAUUGGGCCCCCGGCUCCAUGGUAUUAGGGUUGAUGAUGCUAUUGAAAACUCCUGUUGCCUGCUUCCCUUUUGAGGUUUUUUUUUUUGUCUUUUUAAGUGGGGGGAAGGUGGGGGGGUGGGAAGGAGUUAUUUUCCAGUUGGGGUGUUUGGGAUUAUUUUUUUGUAGUAACAAAGGGGGGUGGGGUGAGGGGGAGACUUUUUCCAUGCAGUUUCUACUUAACCAGGGAAUGUUACAUGGUGCCACUUGGGCGAGUGGCUUAGAUGCAGAGGGCUAGAGCUUUGUUUAGUAGGCGAAUAGUGCACACAGUAGGAUAAGCUAGAAUAAGAUGAGCAGAGCUGUUUAAAAUAUGGGCCUAGAGUUGUUGGUGGCUUAGUAGCUGGACCUGGGAGGCAAGGUCCUCUGGACCUUGGACUGCUGCUUGGCAGGGUGCCAGAGGCAUUCCUGCCUUCCCUUGCUCUGGAGAUGCCCUCCGAGACUGCAACGCAUGGCUGCGGCCCCUUGCCUGCGGCUGCAUCUGUACAUAGGCGACUUUGCAGCGAGCAGGAGCUGCUGCCCCAGUGCUUGGCAUGAAUCCCUCUGUGCCUCAGUGGUCUCUUGGGUGGGAGAUGGGGCAAUCCCCAGGGCCUGCAGGUGCCAGCAUGCUUCUGCACCUUGGGGAGCAACAGGGCCUCCCCCUACCUGCAGUGCUCAGGGCCGUCUCCGACACCUCCCGGUCCCUGAUGGCAGAUGGCUGGCACAGGCUGACCUCCUUUCUCUUGGAAGGGUUCCCUUUCCCUCCUGCCUUCUCCUCCCUGGCAUAGCUUGGUUCCCUGAGCCCUGGGCUGCAGAGGACUGUGCCAGAGCAGGAUGGGGCAUUCUGCCUGCAGCGGGCGCGUAGAUCCUGCCAGUACCGCUGGGGGGGAGCCGUGGCAGGGCACUGCAGGCGGGAUGCACAGGGACCUUCCCCAGGCUGAGGAGUGCCAGGGCCAUCUGGCUGCCUCACCUCCUGGCUGCCUGCAUCACGCUCUAGUUUGGCUUAUGUCCUUGGGUGGCAUUAUACAGCCUCCACACUUGUGUUUUGUUGAAAGAAAAGCUAAAGGGCUCAUCUUUAGCAUUUCAGCCCUGUCUGAUGCUGGCAUCAUCCUUUCCCUGGGACUGUCCUUUCCUGGGCACAGGCGGGGCACCAUGAAUUGAUGCCCAUUCUGUUCUUCCCUGCUUGAAGCACUGUAGGGCAAGGGACAUAGAGAAAAGGGGCUGAAGAAGUGUCUCCCUUCAUCGUGCCCUGAUGUGUGCUGAGCCCUGAGCUCCUCAGUACCAGCCCCAGGGGAUGAGUAUGAUGGCAGCGUGUCCUUUCUGGAGGGGUCUGCUUACUCCAAGCAAGGAAAGCAAGCCCAAAGGAUGCAGCCCCCUCUCUAACAAGUUAAGUUACUCCAUGUAACCCUCUGCAGAGCUGGGAGGCCCUGCUCCUGGGAAAAAGCAGUCCUGCUGCCAGAUCCAGUGAUGAUAAAUUCUCUCCUAUACUGAGUGUAGUCUUAAUUCUUGGCAGCAAUAGCCAAAGUUAUUUUAAACUUGUCUACAGCUGUGUGCUUGCCUUGGAGUCAUGUCCAUGAGUACCCUGUGCACAUAGAGUUCUGCUUUUGUGUAUGCCUGGACCUGUCCCAGGCUCAGCAGAGUAGCUCCUAUAUUUAAUUGAAUGAUAAAGAGAGAGCAGUGAUUAAGCUCUCCCCCUUCCCCAGGGGUUCUCUGGCUGCUGGAGCAAAUGCCAUAACCAUGAGGCUGGAAAACCUCCUUUUUUAAUGUCCUUUCUGGCUCCCUGGCUGCCAGGGUAGAUGGGGUCUUUGCCCAAGAAAAAAUGUUUUUUAUAGUACAUCAGGCACACUGGUGAGAGGUGGGAAAGAGUGACCUCUUUUCCUGAGAAUGGAGUUGGAGCAGGGUCUCUGCCCCUUCCGAGGGGGUGUUAACUUGCUGGCUGUGGGGUGGGGAGCAUCUGGCUUUACAGGACAAGCUUGCCCUGUCCCUGGGAGAUGAAAGUUUCUGCUGUUCUGAGGCAAAAACUCCUGGAGAUACCAGUGAGAGGAGGUCACCCUGGGGGCUUAUGCCCUUCUCUAAGGGAUAGUGCUGGUUUUGGAGGCCUCACCAUGCUGACUGCUGAGGAUCCCAGAAAGGCAUGCUGAGGCUAUGUGCAGUUUCUCAGCCCCCAAAUGCUGCACUGGUGCAGGGCUGCAGCCUGAGCGCCCGCACGGAAGCGCCUGGCCAGCUGCCUCUCCUGCAGCAGCUUGCAGGAUUUCUGCAACACUUAUCUGAGCUGCCAAGAAAAAGAGGGCACAUUAAACUGCUGCUUCAGCAUGUGUGCCCAGGGGUACUUAAUCCUAGUGCUGAUGCAGAUGAGCCUGGUGAGGCAGGAGAAACAUGAAACAGCUGUCAGAGCAGACUUCCCUUAUUUACUCCCAUUUCCCUCCUCAGUUUGCCCUACACAUGUGUUAUGAAUUAGCCCUGCAGAAACAGAUGGUUACAGGCAGGAGAUGAGUUUGUAUUUGAUGCUGUAGCCUGUUGCAAAUGCUGCACUGUUUUGUUCAUUCUAUUUUUUAAUCAACAGAUUGUAAUUUAUGCCUAUGCAAAGAAAAAAAAAAAGACCAAGACAAAUAAAUUAUAUCAAAACUGC